AUGUUGAUGAAGAAGAUUUGCAGCUGUGAAAAUUGGGUGGCUGAGCAGUUUGGUGUAAAAACUUUCGAUUCUCUUGGUUAUGGAGAUUUCUUAUCAUUCCUUGAGAUGCACAUUAACCAGUUGCCUCAUGAGCUACUGAAGUUGUUUGUUAGCGACACAUGUGAAAAUUCCUAUGCCCUGGCUUGCAUGUCCACAAAUCAAUUGACUGCUCUAGUAUCUCAGGCUCUUAGUACCUUGUGGGAGAAUGAGACAGUAACCAAGCAAAUGGUAUCCAUGCUGCUUAUGAGGCAGUUCCCUUCAGUUAAUUUUGAAGUUGUGGAUAAUGGCUCUCUUGUGAAUCUGCUGGAUGCUGUUCAGGGGCAUAAAUCUAGCGUGACUUCAAAAUGUGUUGUAUUUUCUGCAACUGUUGUAGGAAAGAACUAUCAUGGAGAGUCAUCAAGUGAUAGAGAUAUUAAUUGGUCAGAAAUGACCACUGAUAGGUCUGAGAUGAGUCAUAAAAAAAGCACUGAAACAGUUAUAGCAAAAAAUGCAAUUGAAGUCUUGCUUAAGUCACCAAUGUUGUCUGACUUGAGCCAGUGGUCUCACUGGGAUCUUAGGUUUGCACCCUUCUUAGGCCCUUUAAUAUUGUGGUUGUUGAAUGAUGUAAAUACCAAGGAAUUGUUGUGUUUAGUUACCAGAGAUGGAAAGGUGAUACGGAUAGAUCAUUCUGCUAACUUGGACACUUUCCUUGAGGCUGCAGUUCAAGGUUCCUCUUUCCAAACUGCAGUGCAUUUGCUGUCCCUGAUCUCACUUGUUGGGGGGCAAAAAUAUGUUCCAUUGUCACUUCUAAAAUGCCAUUCUUGUCAUGCAUUUGAAGUUAUGUUCAGAAACUCUGUAGAAGAUAUUGACGUUGAUGGAAAUGCUCUCUACCAGUCUGUGGAAGCAUCAAGUAAACCAAAAAUUUUAACUGCUAAAAUGGGAAGUGAGUUUAGCAAACACAUAAGCAAAGUGAAUAAGGUAGCAUCCAUUCUGUCAAGGUUUGUGCUUGAUUGUCUUGGUUACCUACCGGAUGAAUUUCACAGUUAUGCUUCUGAUGUGUUGCUUUCUGGGAUGCAAUCUGUUAUAAAAAAUGCUACUUCAGCUAUUUUACAUGAAUGCAGCAAUAUAGAGCAACGUCUCAUGCUUCAUGAAGUAGGAUUAUCUCUGGGUAUUUCUGAAUGGAUUAAUGAUUACCAAGCACUUAUUUCAAACAGCACUUCUGACAUUCAUUGUACUCCUGUUUCAUGGUCAAAAGAUGCCAAAACUGACAUAAAUGCAAGGGAUCAUGGCCAAGAUACUUUGGAUAAGUCUCCUAUUCCUGAAGCAAAUAUGGUUACACGUCAUGUAGCGAGUCAACUCAUUGAAGGGUGUACAGAAAUCAUUGGAAUAGUUGAUCCAGAAGAAUCUAAUGAGGAAUCUAACACUGGCUGCCUGGCAAAUUCACUUCAAAAUGUUGAAGAUAUGGAUGCUUCUUUGCUUAUUGAAUCUAUUAGGCGGGAUGAAUUUGGCCUAGAUUCAAGUCUUUCUGAUAUUGAUACUUGCCUGUUGAAGAAGCAGCACGCCCGGUUAGGGAGAGCACUGCAUUGCCUUUCACAAGAACUAUAUUCACAAGAUUCACAUUUUAUUCUUGAAUUGGUUCAAAAUGCAGAUGACAAUAAUUAUCCAGAAAAUGUGGAACCAACUCUUACAUUUAUUCUUCGAGAUUCGGGUAUUGUGGUAUUGAAUAAUGAGCGAGGUUUCUCUGUUCAAAAUAUGAGAGCACUUUGUGAUGUUGGUAAUUCAACAAAGAAGGGCUCUAAUGCUGGAUACAUAGGGAAGAAAGGCAUUGGUUUCAAGUCUGUUUUCCGGGUCACAGAUGCUCCAGAAAUUCAUUCCAAUGGCUUUCAUGUUAAAUUUGACAUUAGUGAAGGCCAGAUUGGUUUUGUUUUGCCCACAGUAAUACCUCCUUGUGACAUUGGGGUACUCAGGAGGAUGGCAUCUACUGACACCAGAUUGUAUGAUGAUAGUUCCUGGAACACAUGCAUUCUUCUUCCCUUCAGAUCUCAUCUAUCAGAAGGAAUGGCCUUGAAUAGUGUUUUAACCAUGUUUUCAGAUCUUCAUCCUUCAUUGUUACUAUUUCUUCACCGCCUUAAGUGCAUCAAGUUGAGAAACAUGCUUAAUGAUACACUUAUUGUUAUGAAAAAGGAAAUUUUAGGAGAUGGUAUCAUUAAGGUUACUCACGGGAAAGAAAAAAUGGCAUGGUUUGUAGUAUCCCAGAAGUUGCAAACAAAUUCCAUUCGGUUUGAUGUGCAGACAACUGAAAUCUCUAUGGCGUUUACUCUUCAGGAAUCAGAUAAUAGUUACAUUCCAUGUUCAGAUCAGCAGCCAGUUUUUGCAUUUCUUCCUUUACGAACAUAUGGCCUGAAGUUUAUUCUUCAAGGUGAUUUUGUUCUUCCUUCAUCUAGAGAGGAAGUUGAUGGAGAUAGUCCUUGGAAUCAGUGGUUGUUGUCUGAGUAUCCUAAUUUGUUUGUCAGAGCACUGAGAGAGUUUUGUGAGCUUCCCUGUUUUAGGAAUGAGUCUGGAAAGGGAUUGUCUUCUUUUUUGAGUUUUGUUCCAUUAGUUGGAGAAGUGCAUGGUUUUUUCUCCAGUCUUCCUCGUUUGAUUAUUUCUAAACUACGAAUGAUGAAUUGCUUACUUGUGGACAGUGACAAUUGUGAAUGGGCCCCUCCAUGCAUGGUAUUGAGAGGCUGGACAGAACAGGUCCGUGAUCUUAUUCCUGAUAGCAUGCUUCUUGAACACCUUGGGCUUAGAUACCUGAAUAAAACUAUAGUAUUGUCUGAUGCAUUAGCAAUGGCACUGGGCAUUGAGGAGUUUGGGCCUAACAUUCUUGUUCGAGUACUGUCAUCUUUAUGUCAACCAAAAAGUACCCUUAUAUCAAUGGGUAUGAGUUGGCUAGCCUCUUGUCUAAAUACUCUUUACAUAACAAUGCUCAGUUCAUCUGGCUCCACGUCAAUCAGUUUUGAAAUGAAAGAAGAUGUUCGGAAAAAUCUUCAAAAGACACCAUUUAUACCACUUUCAGAUGGUACAUACAGCUCAGUUAAUGAAGGAACUAUAUGGUUGCAGUCCAAUAAUUUAAACUCAGGGUUUGAUGGUGAGCAUAAAAUUGAAGCGUUCCCUAAUAUAUGUGCUAAACUAAGGACUGUACGUCCUUCCCUUUUUUCCACAUCUUUUGGUACUCAAAACUUGAAUGUGACUUUUUUUGACAAUAUUACCCAUUUACUUCAGAGUAUUGGUGUUCAACCGCUGUCUGUACAUGAGGUUGUGAAGCUGCAUAUUUUACCUGCGUUGUCUGAUGAAACAAUGGCAAACAAUAACAGAAUGCUAAUGAUCGAAUAUGUUUGUUUUGUAAUGCUACACCUGAACUGUACCUGUUCUGAUUGUUUUAUCGAAAGGGAUCAUAUAAUAUCAGAGUUUAGAAGUAAAUCUUUGUUGCUGACAAAUUGUGGUUUCAAGUGUCCUGCUGAUACACAAAUUCAUUUCGGUACUGAAUUUGGGAAUCCUAUCACUCCAAAAAUGUUGACUGAUUGUGUGAAUAUGAGGUGGCAUGAGGUUGACCCAAGCUAUUUAAGCCAUCCAGUAAAUGAAUCAGUUUCAUCUGCAGUGAUGAAAUGGAGGGAUUUUUUUGAGAAAAUUGGCAUCACAGAUUUUGCACAAAUAGUUCAGGUGGAUAAGAGUGUGGUUGAUAUACGUGAUGCCACGUUUAAGCAGGUAAUGUGGGAUGGGGGUCUAAUAUCUGCUGAAUCAUCAGUCAAAGAUUGGGAAUCCCCUGAAAUAGUGCAAUUAUUAUCCUUGUUGUCUGAAAGUGGCAAUCUUGAAAAUUGUAAAUAUCUCUUGAAGGUUCUUGAUACAUUAUGGGAUGUUUGUUAUAGUAAUAAAACAACGGGUUAUUUCUAUCCUAAAUCUGUUGGGGAUGGCCAUCCCUUUAAGUCUGCAUUUAUAUGCUGCUUGUGUGAUAUCCAGUGGGUGGUUUCAACCAUGGAUAUUAAGCUACACUAUCCAAAAGAUUUAUUUUAUGAUUGUGAAACAGUCCGGAUGAUCCUUGGAGAUUUUGCACCAUAUGCUGUUCCAAAGGUGAAAAGUGAAAGAUUGGUUAAAGAUCUUGGGUUUAAGACAAGAGUUACUCUUGCUGAUAUUUCGGAUAUUUUUAAGGCCUGGAGAAAAUCAGCAAUGACUCCAUUCAAGGCGAGAAUUACAGAGGAAGCAAAUAGAAUGAAUUUCCAUAUAUUUUUGACUGCAUUGGUGAGCCUAGAGCAGGGAUUUCACAACCGGGUCAUUAAAUGCCUCACAGAUAGCCUUUUGGUGUGUAUUAAUUUGCUGCUUGGUCCUGAGGUAAUAAACCCAACAGUAAAAGCAGAUCAGAGAACAGAGAAUUCUAUCAUAACACAAAUGACCAAAUUAUAUGCAUUUAUUUGGAAUGAAAUGGCAUCUUCGAAGAAGAAAACUAUGGAAGAUUUGAUGUCCGGACCUUUUAUAUUUAUCCCGUACUCAUCUGUCUAUGAUCACAAUGAUGCUGUAUGUGGGACGUUUGUGUAUCCCAAUGAAGUCUACUGGCAUGAUUCAACCGGUUCUGUUCAGCAAAUGAAGGAGUUCCAUCCUCAGAGCAACUCAUCUUAUUCCCCUAUAAACAAGUCAUUAUGCAAUAUUUACCCUAGUCUUCGUGGUUUCUUUGUUGAUGAAUGUCAAGUACAAGAGGCACCUCCUCUAUGCAGCUAUAUUCAAAUUUUACUACAGUUAUCAACUAUCACUUUGCCUUCACAAGCAGCAGAUAAAAUUUUGCAAGUUUUCCUCAAGUGGGCAGAUGGACUAAAAUCUGGUUUGCUGGGUGUUGAGGAUGUCACGUAUCUGAAAGAAUGUCUUUACAAAUUGGAGUUUCGAAUACUUCCCACUAUGCAAGAUAAGUGGGUUUCGUUGCAUCCUUCUUUUGGUCUUGUCUGCUGGUGUGAUGAUAAGAAGUUGAAAAAGGAAUUUAAGCAUUCAGAGAACCUGGACUUUCUCUAUUUUGGAGAACUGACUGAGGAUGGUAAGGAUAUGGUGCAUGAGAAAAUAUCCGUCCUCAUGAAAAACUUGGGUAUUCCAGCUAUCUCAGAGGUAUGA